AUGAAUGUUUUACAUGAUAUUACUAAUACAAACCCUAACGUUGAACUUAAUAAUAAUAUUGAACUUGAAAGUAGUCUUGACGCUAGUUGUAAUACUAACUUUGGCAAUAAUUUUUGUGUCGAUAUUAAUGAUACUCAAGAUCCUGACUUUGAAGACCACACUGAUAUAAAUGAUAUUGACAACAAUUUUCAUGCCAAUAUUAAUGAUACUACUCAAGAAACAUCUUUGAACAGUAAUUAUUUUGUGCUUCAUCGUACAGACCGUAGUAUGGGUUUUAUAACUAGGGCUGAAAUUGUUUGUAGACAUGCUGGUAUUGCAAACAGUAAAAGUACUGGACAACAAAAGACAAAAAGUGCUGUUUUUGAUCCUGGUUACCGCAAAUUAAGUAAUAAUGAGAAUAGCCAUAUACGAAUACUUUAUGAUAGUGGAAUACCAGUGCCAACAAUAAUUCGAAUGCUAAAUGAUGAAUAUGGUAGAUAUAUUUACAAAAAAGACGUCUAUAACUCUUUGAAUUGUCAAUCUCGUGAUUGUGUUAAAGGAUUAUCACAAAUAGCAGAACUUUUAAGUAAUUUACAUAAUAAAAAAGACUAUGUAAUUACAUAUUCAAUGAAUAAUAAUAGACUUCAUUGCCUGUUCUUUACUACUUAUUCAGCGCUUGUAACAUUCAAAUAUUAUCCAGAAGUAGUAUUAAUAGACAGCACGUAUAAGACUAAUCGUUUUGGGAUGCCACUUUUACUAAUUAGUGGUAUUGAUGCGAAGGGCAUCACAUACCUUAUCGCUAGCGGACUUCUUGCUGAUGAAACUGUGUCAAGUUUUAGCAGGAUAAUCUGUCAAUUAAAGCAAGCAGCUGGUGAUUCAAUAAUUUAUAAAAUUAAAACAAUUUUAACGGAUAAGGAUCUUGCUUUACUUUUUACAAUUCGAACUGAAUUGUUGCACAUCAAGCAUCAGAUUUGUACUUGGCAUAUUGAACAGAACAUUGUCAAAAAUUUGACUAACAAGCUUAAUGAUAAAUUCACUGCAUUUAGUAAAGAUUUUAAAACAGUGAUAACAGAAGUUAAUGAGGAACAAUUUGAAGCGUAUUGCUAUACAAAUAAAAAUAUUAAUUACGGCAUAAGAACUACACAACGUUCAGAAGCCACAAAUGCAUAUUUAAAACAUCUGCUUGGCCAUGUGGCACCUUUGCCCAAAUUAAUCCACAUGUUAGAAAAAUUGUUUCGUCAUCAGAUUCAAAGUUCUCAAUAUCAGCAGUAUCGUAUACAUGGAAGUACUCGACAACAAUGCCCUGAUAUAUUAAAAAAUGUCUCAAUUAUCAUAUCAGAUUUCACUUAUGAAUUGUUACUUGAGCAAUACAAUGGAGCUAAUGCUUACAACGUUGAAAAACAAGAAGCAAAUUUAUUUAAAGUCAUUAAAGAAAAUCGGACACAUAUUAUAUAUAAAAAUGAGAUGAGUUUAACCUGUGAUUGUGAUUACAACAUACAAUAUUCUUUACCAUGUCGUCAUAUUAUUGCUAUUCACAUUGCUUAUAAAGAUCCUGUAAAUAUCAAUUAUAUUGGUGCUCGUUGGGCAGUUCCACUUAUAAGCAUGAAUAAUACAACACAAGUCGAAGAACAAAUUGAAAAUCAAAUUGAAAAUCAAAUUGAAGAUCAAAUUGAAGACAAUGUGUUCUCAAUAGUUAGAAGUACCACUGACUUGCUUAAAGAAAUUGAGGCAAUAUCUAAUAGAGUCGGUUAUGUUGAAAUCAACAGUAGUCUUGCUCUUUUUGUAGAUCAAUUAAAUAAUAAAUAUCCUUUAUCACAAGACGAUAUCCAAGAUCCUACCAACAUCAAAACUAAAGGAAGACCAAAAG